CGUCGGCUGGCGCGCAUAAGGGUACCAAACCACCCUCCGGAGCGCGAUAGGGCAGGGGCGAGUCUGUGCCAUGGGAAGCGCGCCGGGCCGGCUGGACCCGCAUUCCUGGCUCUGCCCUCUGUGCGCGCUUAAAGCCUGGGUGCAGUCUGCAAUUGGCCGUGGUGCCCAGGCUGUGGCGCCUGACAGGACAGUGACGGGACCUUUCUGGGGGGAGCCUCGCUCUCCCCGCCUCCAGCCUCCGCGCAGGUGGGGGUGUGGGGGCAGACCGGGCGGGCGGGGCCCCAGCGGAGGCCGCGAGCUCUUGCUGCGCCAGCACUGUGGCCGGAAGCUCCGCUCGCCCCUGGCCUGACUCAGCCUAAAGAUGACCCCACUGAGCGCUGCGGUGUCCGGCCCCAACACCCGGCUCUUGGCCUGGUUCCUCAGGCGGGGCCCUCAGCUGGCCUCCCCACCGCAGCUGCACACGGCGGCCAGCUUCGCGGCCCGGAGCCACUAUGAGGUGCUGGUGCUGGGCGGGGGCAGUGGCGGGGUCACCAUGGCCGCCCGCAUGAAGAGGAAAGUAGGCGCAGACAAUGUGGCCAUCGUUGAGCCCAGUGAGAGACAUUUCUACCAGCCAAUCUGGACACUGGUGGGUGCUGGUGCCAAGCAGUUAUCCUCAUCCGGCCGUCCCACUGCGAGUGUGAUUCCAUCUGGUGUGGAAUGGAUCAAAGCUAGAGUGGUUGAGCUGAACCCAGACAAGAACUGCAUCCACACAGACAACGGCAAUGAGAUCUCCUACAAAUAUCUUAUUAUUGCUCUUGGAAUCCAGCUGGACUAUGGAAAGAUUAAAGGCCUACCCGAAGGUUUUGUCCACCCCAAAAUAGGGUCCAAUUAUUCAGUUAAGACAGUAGAGAAGACAUGGAAAGCUCUGCAGGACUUCAAGGAAGGCAAUGCUAUCUUUACCUUCCCAAAUACUCCGGUAAAGUGUGCUGGAGCCCCACAGAAGAUCAUGUACCUAUCGGAAGCCUAUUUCAGGAAGAUGGGGAAGCGAUCCAAGGCCAAUAUCAUUUUCAACACUUCUCUUGGAACAAUUUUUGGGGUUAAGAAGUAUGCGGCUGCCCUUCAGGAGAUCAUCCAGGAGAGGAACCUCACUGUUAACUAUAAGCAAAACCUCAUUGAAGUCCGAGCAGAUAAACAAGAGGCUGUUUUCGAGAAUCUGGACAAGCCUGGAGAGACCCAUGUGAUUUCAUAUGAAAUGCUGCAUGUUACGCCACCAAUGAGCUCACCAGAUGUCCUCAAGAUGAGUCCUGUGGCUGAUGCUGCUGGCUGGGUGGAUGUGGAUAAAGAAACUCUGCAGCACAAGAGAUUCCCAAAUGUGUUUGGGAUUGGAGACUGCACCAAUCUUCCUACAUCCAAGACGGCUGCUGCAGUAGCUGCACAGUCAGGAAUACUUGAAAGAACAAUUUCUCUGAUUAUGAAGAAUCAAACACCAACAAAGAAGUAUGAUGGCUACACAUCGUGCCCGCUGGUGACCGGCUACAACCGUGUGAUUCUUGCGGAGUUUGACUAUGAUGCUCGGCCCCUGGAAACCUUCCCCUUUGACCAGAGCAAAGAGCGACUUUCCAUGUACCUCAUGAAGGCCGACCUGAUGCCUUUCCUGUAUUGGAAUAUGAUGUUAAGGGGUUACUGGGGAGGACCAGCCUUUCUACGGAAGUUUUUCCAUCUGGGUAUGAGUUGAGGGUGGUUUAAUCCUUGCUCUCCUUGGAUGGCUUCUGAGGCCAAGAGCAGCAUGAAGAACUCAGAACCCUGUAGAGUUUCCUGCUGGAUGAUGGUGACCAAAUGCCUCCCUUUUCAGUACCUCUGGACAGUCAUCAUGUGAGCUGCCAAGGAUGAGUUCAAUUCUCUGGAAAUAUGCAAAUGAAAGAAGUGACUUCUGUUUUUUAAAUAAAAACUUACCAUUGAUUGAGA